AUGUCGACGUGGGGAGAAUACUUUCGGGUCACCACCUAUGGUGAAUCCCAUUGCCGCUCUGUCGGCUGCAUCGUCGAUGGCUGCCCUCCAGGCAUGGAGCUUACAGAGGAAGACAUCCAACCCCAGAUGACUCGAAGACGUCCCGGGCAGAGUGCUCUAACGACGCCUCGAAAUGAAAAAGACCGAGUAGAGAUCCAGUCUGGAACGGAGUUCGGCAUCACCCUGGGUACCCCGAUUGGAAUGAUGGUGCGCAACGAGGAUCAGAGACCCAAGGACUACGGUGGCAGCACAAUGGAUCUCUACCCUCGUCCCAGUCACGCUGAUUAUACUUACCUGGAGAAAUACGGUGUCAAGGCGAGCAGCGGUGGUGGCCGGAGUAGUGCCCGCGAGACCAUUGGCCGUGUCGCCGCAGGAGCCAUUGCGGAGAAGUACCUACGCCUGUCGCAUGGUGUCGAAAUUGUCGCCUUUGUGUCCUCCGUUGGUAACGAACACCUUUUCCCGCCGACCCCCGAGCACCCUUCUCCAUCGACCAACCCUGAGUUCCUGAAGCUCAUCGAGACCAUCGACCGUAAGACUGUCGAUGCCUUCGUCCCCACUCGCUGCCCGAACGAGGAGGCGGCGGCACGCAUGACAAAAGUGAUCGAGACUUUCCGGGACAACCAAGAUAGCAUCGGCGGCACCGUCACCUGCGUGAUCCGCAACGUCCCCGUCGGCCUGGGCGAGCCUUGCUUCGACAAGCUCGAGGCCAAGCUGGCGCACGCCAUGCUCAGCAUCCCCGCCACCAAGGGCUUUGAGAUCGGCUCGGGCUUCGGUGGCUGCGAGGUCCCCGGCUCCAUCCACAACGACCCCUUCACCGUCUCCGAGGUCCAGACCCGCACCGGCAGCACACAGCGCCUGACCACCAAGACCAACAACUCCGGCGGCAUCCAGGGCGGGAUCUCCAACGGCGCUCCCAUCUAUUUCCGCGUUGCCUUCAAGCCCCCCGCCACCAUCGGCCAGGCUCAGACCACCGCCUCUUACAGCUUCGAGGAGGGCAUCCUCGAGGCCAAGGGCCGCCACGACCCCUGCGUUACCCCUCGUGCUGUCCCCAUCGUCGAGGCCAUGUCCGCCCUCGUCGUCAUGGAUGCGCUCAUGGCCCAGUAUGCCCGCGAAAGCGCAAAGAAUUUACUGCCCCCGCUGCCCAGCACCCUCCCUACCAAACCGACUCUCGGCUCCAGCGGUGCUCCCGCCUCUUCAUAG